GUAAAGCGAAGACAACGAGUAGUUUUGAAGCAUGAGUAUUGAAAUCUAACAAAGGUCCCAAGAACUCUUCCUGGGAUUCCUUUCACUGAAUGUUUUUGUUUCUGUCCUCAGUACAGAAAUUGGAUGUUAUUGAUGAAUUUCGGCAGUGACACUAAAUUGGCAGCCCUUGCCAAAAUGGAUAAGGAAUAGACUGUUAAUACAGGAAGAAUUCGGUUAUGUCAUACAAGACACUACUAGAAAUUUGGUGAAAUGUAUGCAUGUUGAAGAAUAAUCCAUUUUUUACUUAUGAAAUCAGUAGUAAGCAAGAAUUUUAUCAGCUGUGAGCAAAUUAGCAGGAGAGGAGACCUUGAUGUCCCAGUUAGUCACCGAAUGACAGUGUUCUCAUUAACAUGGCAGGUAUGAGUCUAACUUUUAUUAUGGGAAGCAUUUCCAGUACAGACAGAAAAGUAUUGGUUUGUAAUGGGUGCUUCUGUGAUCUCAGGAAUAGUCUAUGCUAUAGAGGUCAUUCGUGCUCGAGAGGGAUAAUUGCAGACUAAAUGAUGUGCAGGAAAAGAGCUAUGGUAUUUCCCAGAAGUUCCUUGUUGUGGCCGCCAUAUUCUGUGACUAUUUAUCCCCUACCCUCCUUUUCCUCCUCUUGCUUCACCAGUGUGUGUGAAUACGUGCAGCCCUCAAAGUGGAGGGCGGAAAAGAAGGGAAAACUAGUUAGGGAUCCCGGUUAUUGUUCCCUUUCUCCCUCAAAUCUGGAAAAAGCUGUAUGUGGUCUCAACCCCUGGGGGGCAGAGGGGUGUCAGGCCAUGCAGUCCAUUCUGGAGGUUCCAGUCUUGCAGUUCGCUGUUUGUGUCUGUGUACGUGGAGGGGUGAGAGGAUGAUAUGUAGGAUCUCCUGCUCCCUGGUGCUGUUAAAUGUAGCCCUCACUCUGCAGCCAGGAAGGUCUUCAUGCACCUCCCUACAAAAAAUGUUAGAGCAGUGAGGUUCUGGAGUGGCCUUGGCCAUACUUGGCUCCAGAGCAGUACUGGAAGCAGAACACCAGCCUACUUCUGAGCGGACAGAAAUUAGUACCCGAGAGGGCUUCUGUGGUAUGAAACCUUCUAUCUCAAGAAAUGUGGUGGGAUCCAGAGGCCCCUUCCAAUGCCAGUAAUCACCACAGACAACACAGAAUUCUCAGGAUUCUGAAUGUUGGGAUUGGGAAGGAAUGUACAGUUGUGCAGGAAAAACUCAGAGAUGGGAGGAGUGGAUUAUAUGGGGCUUUGUCCUCACCAUUGCUCUCUCCACCUCUCCCAAAGGGAUCCUUUUGCCAUCCACCGGCAGCACAUGAACCGCAUGCUGUCUGGGAGUUUUGGGUUCGGGCCACUCCUUGGCAUCACGGAUGGGACCACACCUGGGGCUCGCCAGGCUGGCCGUAGGAUGCAGGCAGGAGCUGUUUCACCCUUUGGGAUGCUCGGCAUGGCAGGUGGCUUUAUAGAUAUGUUUGGGAUGAUGAAUGACAUGAUUGGAAACAUGGAGCAUAUGACAAGUGGUGGUAACUGCCAGACAUUUACCUCUUCAACUGUCAUCUCUUAUUCCAACCUGGGUGAUGGGCCCAAAGUCUAUCAGGAGACCUCAGAGAUGCGUUCAGCACCUGGCGGGAUCCGUGAGACAAGACGAACCGUGAGGGACUCGGACAGUGGCUUGGAACAGAUGUCGAUUGGGCACCACAUCAGGGAGAGGGCCCACAUCAUGCAGCGGUCCCGGAACCAUCGUACAGGUGACCAGGAGGAGAGGCAGGACUACAUCAACAUGGAUGAAAGUGACGCAGCCGCAUUUGAUGACGAGUGGCGGCGAGAGACAUCCCGGUUCCGGCCACAGCGGGGCCUGGAGUACCGGCGUCACGAAGGCAGCGGCGGCCGGCGGGCCGAAGGGACUCGUCUCGCCAUCCAGGGCCCUGAGGAUUCUCCCUCCAGACAGUCCCGCCGGUAUGACUGGUGAACUCGGAACAGACCUCUGGGGGGUGCAGCGUGGCCACCCCCAAAUCUACCUACACGCUCUUGUACAGACAGUGAAACUCUGAAGCCCCUUCAAAGCACCACUUGGAUCCUCCUCAAAUUUAGUAUUAACCUCCCUCCCACUUAAGAAUUAAAACAAAGCAACUAAUCUGCAUUGCUCUUUUCCACCCCAUUUGGGUGCUGCAGUGGGGCAUGGGGAAUCUCACUGAUGUGCAAGGAACACGUUAAUUGCCCAUUCCCUCUCUGCUGUCCCUUGGCUCUGUUCUUUCUGCCAGUAGUGCUGGGCAUGAGGAGCUGCCACCUUGCCUCUUCCAUAAUUUCCACUCUUUCUGUGCUGGGUUGGGCUGGUUCUGAGGUUUAUGUUCAGUCCCCUGUGAAAGGAAUAUGAGGGAAUUCUGCUAGAACCCCCUGUCAGUCCCCUCACCGGGACGGAGAUUUCGAUUCCCCUGCUGCUCCUUGGUGCAUCUGUGGAGAAGCAGAAGGAUGUGUGCAUUGGAGAAGGGGGGAGCAGAACAAAAGCUGGAUCAGCCUGUGGGCCCCCUGACCCCUCUUCAAUCAGCUCCCCCUCUUUUUUAAUUUGUGAGACCUGUAACUAGAUGUUUACUGAAUAAAGAAACAAACUGU